AUGGCAGAGAAUGCGUUUGUGAAUGCUAACCGGCACCCCAAAAAUAAUCAAAAUAACGAGAUAGUUAAUAACAAUCCACACACGCAAAAUCCGUCCUCGCAUAACUCAACCGAACCUGAAAGUACGAAGAAACGAAAAUCGAAAAAUGUUGAUCCAGCUUCGUCGGAGACGCAGUCCAGGAAUCCGGUGAGAAAAUUGUUUCAGGCUUGCAUUCAAUGCUGCAGGAAAAAAAAGACUAAGAUAGUGAAGUCGAAGACAAGUUUCGUCGAGAGUAUUAAAGAAAAGGCUAAGAAAUGUAGAACGAAGAAAAAGCGAAGUAAACAACGUGCUGCUGCCACGGAACAUCCGGACAGAGUGGAAGAUAAGCAGGAAAAGAAGAUCGAGGAUUCGAAAAAGGCUAAAAGGAAGAAACGUAAAAAAGAGCGUAAAAAGAGUGAGCCUCAGGAUGUUCCUCAGGACUAUUCCGAGGAUAGUCCGACCGCCUCUCCGCCGGAUCACAGAAAAUUGUCGCAUCAGAUUCUGGGGGCAGAGGCACAAGACUUCACGAAGAGCUGCUGCUAUUUGUGCGCUCAGAACGCGAUGGCGAUCGCGGCUGCGAUUUCCGCCCAGAAGGAUAAGUCUAACGUGUACAUUCAGACUUCCGUUCGCUUCAAAGAGAGAACUGAUACCACCGAUAAAAGUUGCAGCCCCAUGAUGUACGUUCGCACGGUGCAGUCGUCCGUCAAGGUGAGGACCCGCGAUAUGGGCACCCUUCAUCCGGAGAAGAAGAAGAAGAAAAAGGCGAAACCGAAAUUGAAUUUUAAGAGAUUUAGUAUCAUUCCGAAAGUAAAGCUUCCUGGAUAUCCGAGGGUGCGAACCGUUGCUUGCGAAACGGAUAAAUCGAUGGGACAUAAUAAUAUACCACAAUGUAGGACGAGACAUGGAACACACUGUGUGCCGGAAAAAAAGUGA